AUGAUGUCUGGUGAAGCCUGGCUGUACUUGUUGUCGGUGAUGAUAAAUGCCGUCAAUCUGUUUUUACAAGUUUUUUUUACGAUCAUGUACAGUGAUCUGGAAUGUGACUACAUCAAUCCUAUCGACCUUUGUAACCGUCUCAAUACAUACAUCAUUCCAGAAGCUGCAGUCCACGGAUUUCUGACCGCCUUGUUUCUUAUUAAUGGGUACUGGAUCGCACUCAUUCUCAACCUACCCUUAAUGGCGUUCAACAUCAAAAAAAUCCUCGAUAAUGCGCAUUUACUAGACGCCACAGAAAUUUUCCGGAAGCUUAAUGUUCACAAAAAGGAAUCUUUUAUCAAGCUCGGGUUCCAUCUGGUCAUGUUCUUCUUUUACCUCUAUUCUAUGAUUGUGGCUUUAAUUAAGGAUGAAACCCAGUGA